ACACACACACACACACUGUCUGACACACACCGUCUCUCCUCCGAAGGACAGUCACCAGCAUCAGCCCGUGUCCUCCUGAAGGCUCCUCUGGCUCUCACACAGGAAGCUUCGGACCCGUCAGCUGCUCAGGGUUGCCGUAUCUGCUGCGUCCUGUCCGUCAGGUGGACCUGCUGACCCAGUGGAGCUCCAGCUCCAGAGGCCCAUGGCCCCUGUUUCUCUCCACCAGUGAGAGGUGAGCCAAGCUGGCCUCCCCGGCCCCCUCCCUGCCCCCGGCCCCAGACCUGGAUCCGGACCCGGACCCUGAGCCUGACCAGCGGCACACCAAUGAGGAGCAGUAUGUGAGCGAGGGCGAGUGCAGCCAGCUCGACACACACCUGGCGCCGCCUGACUGCAGGGACGCCGAGACCAUCACAGUGCUAUGUGCAGACAGAGUGGGCCAGAUGACGAAGACCUACAAUGACAUCGAUGCUGUCACACGUCUGCUGGAGGAGAAAGAGAGAGAUCUGGAGUUGGCUGCGAGGAUCGGCCAGUCGCUCCUGAAGAAGAACCGAACUCUGACGGAGCAGAAUGACUACCUGGAGGAGAGAGUGGGACAGAUCACAGAGGAGGUGGCGCAGCUGCACCAUGAGCUGAACCUGAAGGACGAGCUGCUGCAGUUUUACACCAACGCAGCCGAGGAGAGCGAAGACGAGUCCAGCAGCUCCCCAACGGAAAAGAAGAGCAAAGUGGGAGCUGCUUCAGGAGGCUUUGUGAGUGACACGCUGCAGAGGAAACUCAAAGAGCUGGAAGAGGAGAACCUGUCUCUGCGCUCAGAGGCACACCAUCUGAAGUCAGAGACUGAAACUUACGAGGAAAAGGAGCAGCAGCUCGUCAAUGACUGUGUCAAUGAGCUCAGGUUGUCCAGUCUCCAAAUCUCCACCAUAGCGGAGGAACUGGCUCGUAAGACCGAGGAUGCAGCACGCCAGCAGGAAGAGAUCACACACCUCCUCUCUCAGAUCGUAGACCUGCAGAAGAAAGCCAAAUCGUUUGCGGUGGAGAAUGAGGAGCUGUCUCAACACCUGGUGGCAGCUAAAGAUGCUCAGAGGCAGCUCACAGCAGAGCUCCAGGAGUUGGAGGAGAAGUAUCUGGAGUGCAUAGAGAUGCUGCACGAAGCCCAGGAGGAGCUGAAGAACCUGAGGAACAGAAACUACCCUGCAGGAACCCCUCGACGCUUCCAUCCUCUGGGGCUGUACCCUAUGGAUUCUCUGGCGGCUGAGAUCGAGGGAACAAUGAGGAAGGAGUUGAGUCUGGAUGACCCAGAGUGUGAGGAGCAGAAGAUCCAUCGGAAGCGCGUGUUUGAAACGGUCAAAAACGUCAACCAGACGGUCCGUCAACGCUCUCUGACUCCAACCAGCGCCAACAUCCCGGGCUCAAACCAGUCUCUGUCAGCUCGUACGUCACCCCAGUCCAGCGGCCUCUCCACGCCUCACUCCAGCGUGUAUGGAGGUGACAUCAGUGGAGACGGUGUUGCCCUUGACAACCGGACGCAGAGCAUCCUGAUGGAGACGGCAGCCAAUCAGGACAGCGCUGAGGGCCGAGAGAAGAAGACCAGUGGAGCUGAGGACCUGCGGCUCGCCCUGCGCCGCCUUUCUCUGCGUCGACAAAACAACCUGAGCGAGAGGCGCUUCUUCGAAGAGGAGAGGGAGCGGAGACGAGGAGGACACGGAGGUCUACAUGACGCCCUGAGCCAGGACAGUGCGCUGACCCCCUCAGAGAGCAUCAUGUCCCUCGGGAACCUCCACCUCUGGGCCUCCCGAGGACCCUACCUCCCCGACAAACUGCAGAUCGUCAAACCGCUUGAAGGCUCUGCCACCCUGCACCACUGGCAGCAGUUAGCUCAGCCUCACCUCGGGGUGAUCCUGGACGCCAGGCCGGGAGUCGUGCCCAAAGGCUACAGACCCCUGGAACUGGAGCUGGAGCAGGUGUAUCCGUGGGGCAGCUUCGAGGAGGAUGAACCAGGGGAGCAAUACUUCCAGAAUCUGCCCACCUCCUCGGCCUCUGCCUCUGCCUCACCCGCCGUGCCCUCCACCUCCAGCACGAGUGACACCAACCUCGGGCAGCCUCCACCCAGCCUCGCUCCACCAUCUCCACCCUCUCCAUCUGCGUCGCCUCAUCUCAGCAACACUGAUGUCCUGGCUGCGUACUACCCAGGUAAAUGCAUGGCCCACACCAGCUCUACCUACACCUUCACCACAUGUCGGAUCCUCCACCCGACUGACGAGCUGACGCGGGUCACACCAAGUCUGAACCCAGUCCCAGCGUCGUCCGCCUGCGUGAUGACCAGCAGUCUGUUGGGCACGCCUGCUGCCACACCCUGCACGCCGCGCAGGCUCAGCCUCAGGCCGUCCGAAUCCUCGACCAACCUCAGAGAUGCAACACGCACCACCAGCACCUCCCUGGGGUUAGUGCGCCUCCUCCAGGAGAGAGGGAUCUCAGCAGCGAUGUAUCACCAGAGUCAGGGCCUGGAGUACAGUCAGGGCAUCGGAGGAGUCUUAUUCAGCACCUCCAUCGCUCCAAACCGAGCGCCCAACCCCGACCCUCUGCGCCCCUCCACACCUCCCAACUCACCCACAGGACAGGGAGCUUCAGCUGUGCCAACGUCCGCCGGCUUCGACUUCAAGAGCCCCUCCUACGACAACUUCCUGGCCUCCAAGCCGGCCCGCUCCAUUCUGAAAGAGGUGACGGGGAGGAUGAGAGGCAGGCAGAAAGGGAGGGACUGUGAGAGCCAGACUGACGUUAGCGUGACCGUCCACAACCUCAACCUGCUGGACAAGGUGAAGCGGCUGGGUGUGGCUGGAGCUCCAGGUGGCAGAGCAAUGAGUCCCGGCCCCAUCCUGGGGCCUCUGGGUGGGCUGCGCAGAUCCGGCUCCCCUUUUGGGCCCGAUGGAAUGAGGAGGAACCGGAGUUAUCCAGCCAUGGUGGGGGCCAGCAUGGCCAUGAAAGCCCCGGGGCCCCAGGAGUAGUCUGGACUGCUGCUGGCCGUUAAGGUAGCCACGUAGGAGCCAGGCAGGGCCGAGGACUGACUGUUGAGCAGUCACCUGGAGCCUGACACUGUUCAUACUGUACGAUGACAACAUGGCACUGCUGACAGUUUCUAACCACUGCUGUGCUUCCACACAGACACUGUCCACUCGUGCUUGAAUUCAAAGCAAAAUUAUGGUUGUUUUACCCAAAUUACUGCAAAUGAUUCUGAUGUGCACCCAUGCAGAUAGUCUUGGUUUAUGUGCCCAUAUUAUGAGACAUCUGAAAUGUCUCAGACGUGUCUGUAUCGAACAAUUUGAGCUCAUACAACCAAUUUCCUAUAAUUAAAUUUUAUGUAAUUGGGUGAACUGACCCACUGAAAGCAGAAUAUUAAUAUAAUUACUGAGAUCUCUCCCUCUGCUCUCCACUCACAUCCCUGCUUUGGAGACUGACUCUGCUGGCUAGAUGUAGGACUCCCACUCUUGCCUUUACUGAAACACAUCCACAGAAUCCCACACACAUCAAGACACACUGGUGCACUCAAAUAUUAAAUCUGCCAUCUUUGUAGUCUCUGUAGCACUAAACCAUGCCUUUCUUCUUCUCUCUCAUUGGAUUAAGAUCCACUUUUUAUAGAUCAUUCAAAACCUUUGACCAAAUAAAUAAAAACAUGUCAUGCUUAAGACAGAUUUAUACUUCUGCGUCAGCUCUACGCACGAGGCCUACGCCAUGUUGAGCAUUAUACUUGUGCGUCUGAGUCACUCUGCAGUUACACCUCCAAAUCACUAGCCUGAGUGUCAGACCGAAGCUCCCAGAACCUUCAGUCUGACAUCGCCUCCAUUGAAGGCGAUUUACAAGGGGGAGGGAAUUUGAUUUUUCCCUAACCAAUCAGUAGAGAUCAACGACUCACCCAGAAUGUGACGUCAUUAGUAUCCAUGCCUCAGGGGUGCCGAAAACAAGCAAGCAUUGCCCGUUUAAAAUGUCUCCGUGUGGCGAAAUACCUCAAUAGCAUCGUUAAUGUGGUUUGUAGGAUCUGUAGCGGUCGCCAUUGUUGCUGUCCUCACCAGUUACCCACCGGCGCGCAGCUUGACAUCAGCGUGGCGCUGAUUGGCUAAUCGCUAGACCCGCCCCCACCCCCAGCGUUCAUUGGUCCGUCCAUCCAUCCUCUAUCUUGGACGAGAUAAAUUGCAAAUUCAUUGCAGUAUGCCAGACCAGAGAUGCAAGCCUACUCAGUUGAGUGGGCGGGGUCUAUGGUCUGGAACCAGGCUACCAAAUCACUAGUCGGAGAUGGGGUUUCUAUGAAGUGCUGUAAAGUUUCAUGAUUAAAAACACACAUUAAACACACAUUAAACAUGGCUUAAUAGAGACAGUUUCAAACACAACUCAGCUUCUCUAUAACUCGCAGCAUUCACAGACAAACACUUGUCUUUAUCUGGACAAAAUUAGCCUAGCAGCUAACAGACUUUUUCCUCUUCACAUAUGAAACCAGGGACAACAGCAACAUUUAACAAAGGUAACGUUACAAAAUUCGGCUCCAUUACAACUCACAAGAUUCACAGACAAAACUACUUUUACUACUAAAAACGUUUCCCCACAAACACAACAUGCUAACGUUAUUAGCACAAGCCUAUGGCAUUUUACAUUGUAUAAAUUAGCCUAGCAGCUAGCAGAGAUUUCCUCUGCUCAUAUGAAGCCAGAAUAAAUCACACACAAGACUUAAAAUGCUAUUUUAGCGGAGGCUUUAUUGUCUUCACAAUUUAUUGUUUCUUAUCUGUGAAAUUAAAGUAAAUCAAAGCUUUGUUUCCACUGAGGGAAAUGGUUUCAGCUUACAGAGACAGACAGGAGGUCUGCGGCACUGUGACGUGUAGGUACAUAUCUGGGGAGGUGUACGUCAGGCUACACAUCAACGACAUUGAUUUGGCGCAGAAGUAUAAAUCCCGCUUUACCCUCACUCUGUCCCAUCAGUGUGACCCCUGACCUUUGUCUCGCCUGAAGUGAUUGGAUGUGAAUCUGAUAAGUCGCUUUUUGUUUUAUGGGUUUUUGUCUUUUUUUAUAAAUCAUUAAAUAGAUUUCACAACAGUAUUAAAGACACUUUGGUUCAGUUUCCUAAUUGGCCAUUAGACAGGGAAGUUGAUGGUGCUUCCACAGAACGAGGCGGAUCGAUACGAUGAAGCUACGGAGAGAGAGAGCGAUGAGGGAAGUGGCUACUCAGCUGUCACAGUUGGAAGCUUUCAGAGAAAUGAAGCAACACAGUGCCUCCACCAUCUGAUAUUUUAUUUAAUUUAAUUUAGAAUGGUAAUAAUGUUCUUUGUGUGUUUGAGAGUAUGAAAGAGCUGUCACAGCUGUUGUUGCACUUUUAUUUAUUUGAAAAAAAUCAUGUGAAUCUUCAUAAAGAAUAUGCUGUCUCACAUGUGCACACUGUAUAUACUGUUCACUGUCACUAAAUGCUCAGUAAUGACACUCAUAAAGGUCAUUAUGUGUUGCAUAACCAAGAACCACACAUCACUGUAAGUAUCAGGGUGAGCAUGUAAUGAGGGUGUUUUUCCAAAUAAAA